AGGAGGAAAGAAGCCAGAGAGAAGAGACGCCGGAGCUGCCUUUGGAGCUGCAGAGAUCUCCCUGCUCCUCUCUUACCCUCUUAGCAUCUCCCUGUUGGCGGCCCAGUUUCUCCGGCCUCAAGCUAGACGAAGAAAAGAGCAAGGGCCGCCGCCGCAGCUUGCGAGCCGUGCUUCUGCCGCGCGCGCGGAAGCGAGCGGUGUAAUGCGCGGCCAUGGGGCUGCAAGGAGAUAAGGCGACGCACGACUUCCUCUCGCUGUACACCGCCACCAAGGACUCGGCCCUGCCGCUGCUCCAGGAAUCCAAGAAGCCUCCUCCUCCCUCUCAAGGUUUCUUCCUCAAGACGCACGACUUCCUUCAGCCGCUGGCGAGGCCAUCCCAGUCGCCGCCGCUCGCCUCGGAAAACAAGCAGCAACUCCACGGGCACACGCUGCCCGGCGGCGUCGGCGCCUUCAGCAUCACGGACGCGGCGGCCGCCGCCGUCAAGGAGGAGCCGCCCUUCGCGCUGUGGGCCCAGCCAGACCCUCGAGACUUUGGAAACCUCCAAUCAUUCGUGCUCAAACAAAAGCAAAAAAGAAGAGCUGAAGGCGUGUGCUGUGCCGUCUGUCUGUUUGUCGACUUGACAGGUCACCCGUGGUCGCUGCCCUUCGCUGCGCGCUGCGUCGCCGUCGCCUCCGCCAGGCCGCAACCGCAGCAGCAGCAGCAGCAGCCGCCGGAGCGGAAGAGGGGCGGUGGCUUCAUGGACGCCGGCUCCAGAUCCAGCGGCGGCACUGGCUUCGACGACGACGACGGUCUCGCCGCCCGCCGCGAGGUCUCCUCCUCGCUGAAAGAGCUCACGGUGAGGGUGGAGACGAAGGGCGGCAGCUGCAGCGGCAGCGCCGGCACGGACCAGCUGCCCAACACGCCACGCUCGAAGCACUCCGCCACCGAGCAGCGCCGGCGCAGCAAGAUUAAUGACAGAUUUCAGAUACUUAGAGAGAUUUUACCGCAAAAUGAUCAAAAGAGAGACAAGGCAUCAUUUCUCUUGGAGGUUAUUGAAUACAUACGGUUUUUACAAGAGAAAGUACAAAAGCAUGAGGUUUCACACCAAGAAUGGAACCAAGAAAAUGCAAAGAUCAUGCCGUGGUCUAACAUCUACUUCCGAUCUUCCUGGAAAAAUGCACAGAACAAGGACGAAAUAAAUGGAGAUACAACCUCUCAUGCAUCGAAAGAUAUAAAAAAUGGCUCCUCCCCUGGAUUUUCUUUUGCUGGAAAACCUGAGGAUUAUAACAAUGCAGCUGCAUUUGACACUGCCUCAGAUGCACAGGAACUGUCAGAAACCAAUGCAAAGGGUUGUGUCCCCUACAAAGAGGCUGAAACUCCCAGUAACGUUGCAAACAAUGUUGUGUCCCAGCAACCAGGGCAAUUAACAAAAACAUUACCCACAGAGUACUGUGCAGUGAACAGUGAAAUGUUAACUAACCCAGAAUUGGCAAUCGAAGAGGGAACAAUCAGCUUGUCAAGUCAAUAUUCCAAAGGCAGGUUGCUUAGUACAUUGAAUGAUGCACUGCAAACCUCGGGUAUAGAUCUGUCCCAAGCUAGUAUCUCGGUGCAGAUCAAUCUCGGUAAGCGGGCUAUCAAGAGAUCUGCUCCUGGUGCAAACUCCACUUCCAAGGAGUCCACCAGUCAAGCGUAUCAUGAUCAAGCGAUUUGGCAGCAGCUAAAGUCUGGGGAUGGCGCGCGAGAACAUUCGCAGGCUACUAAGCGGCAUAAAUCCGACAGAUAACAUCUACCGGUUGAUCUCCUUAUGAGCCCAGAUGAUUUGAUCAUUUUUUUUUGCGCUCCCUCCGACUACAGGGAGCCUUGAUGAUGUGUGUAUAUUAUGCUUCCCGUGACGGCUACACAAACAAGCUAUGCAUUCUUUCAUUCGAUCGCCGAUCGCUUUGCCGUUCUAGUGAUAGGCUGCUUCCCAAAGCUUCCGUCUCAGAUUUUGUGAAGCUGUUUUUGUUCAUAUGCUUCCAAUCAUAUGAGAAGUUCCUCUCUUCACUGA